AUGGUGAGUCAACUAUCUUCUGCAAUGUGGAAAUCCAUAGAGGUCGGGAAUAAGGUGAUUGUACAGAAAUGUGAUUCCUAUCAAGUUCUCGAAGUCCGUCCAAAUGUACAUAUUGAUGUGGGCAAGAUCAAAGUCCCGGCAUCGGCUAUUAUCGGUUACCCCAUGGGAUCGACCUUCUACUUCGACGGAACUAGUGUUACCCAAGUGAAGGCAGAUGAAAUAACUCUCGAAACUGUUGAUGUGGAGUCCUCCAAGGACAAUCGACACCUUCUAGAUCGCUCUGAAAACCAACUUCUAACUGCGGACGACAUUCAAAGCCUUAAGUCUACCGGUUCCACUGGAAACGCGAUAAUUUCCAAGUUGGUGGAAAAGUGUACAACUUUUCGCUUGAAGACCAAGUUCUCUCAGGAAAAGUACUUGCGCAAAAAGAAAAAGUCCUACCUCUGCGUUUUUACAGUUAGGCCUCAUACUGCUCGGAAUAUUGCGGAUAUGCAGAUGUGCUGUAAAGCCACCUCACUGCGCUACGACUCGCUGGUACAGUUGCUGACCUUUGCCAACGUCCAUGCGGGCUGCACGGUAUUGCUAACCGACACCUAUUCAGGGUUGGUCACCAAAGCAGUCCUAGAACGUCUGGGACAUCGCAGUCUCGGGGGUCGUCUCAUCACCUUCUUCCAUGGCACUUCACCUCCUAUAGUGGACGUAGCGCUGGCUCAGGCGUCUCCGCCUAGGCCGCGCAUAGAAGAAGAGGAGGCGGCCGCUGAAGCGUGUUUGGUUACAAAUGAGGAUAAGUCGCCGAGUGAUGAAUUAUGUUUGUUUGGAACCAAGGAGGCUCUGCCAGAGACUGCCGCGGAUAGCACACGGAAAUCCAGGCGUGUUUCCCAACGCCGGUCAAAGAAGACAGAAAGCAUGUCAGAAGAGGAGAAAUUAAAACGGUCUCAAGAGAAGCAGGAACAAUUAAACGAGAUUCGGAGGAUUCUUUGUCCUACGGAUGAGCAGCUUUCACCAGACCUCGAGGAUCGACCAGAUUGCCUCAUUGUAGCCUCGCGAUUCUACCCCGUUGAAAUCACUCUCUUAUUGAUGCAGUUUCUACCACCUGGUCGACCUUUUGUAGUCCACUCGCACAUUCUUCCGGCCCUCGUCGACUUGUACAAUGUUCUGAAAAGACGAGGUAGUUGUGCCCAGUUGUCACUCCAUGACACCUGGCUGCGUCCGAUGCAGGUACUGCCGGGCCGCACACAUCCAGUUAUUCGGAUGACCUCGGGUGGUGGCGGUUUCAUCUUGCACGGCUACACUGUUCAACGACGGGAGGAUCCGGACGCCUUCUUGAGCCGCUCCACCAUGCGAGCCUCGACGAAACAACUCUUUGAUGAGGGGCUUAUUUCUUACGCACAAUAA